CCCGUCCGGCUACUGACUGACUAUCGCCUGCUGGCUUUGGGUGUCGAGUAUGCCGACCGCGUUGGCACUGCUGACCCUCUCCUUCUCCUCACCAACGAAGCCCUCGAUCGACGAGCGCUUCAUCUUCAAGCACAUGGCCGAGCGGCUGCAGUCGCAAUCAACGCCGCCGCCGGACGCAGCUGUUGGUGUCCUCCGAAUGAAGGUGGGCAGGGAAACAUGGCAGGUGGACGCUGCUCAGUGCAAGGCGCCAGGCCUUCCCUGCCACACAAGCACCACCCAAACGCAGCCUCUCAGCACCUCACACGCAGCGUCUUUUCCGGCACAGGUCGUCGUGUGCAAGGGUGGCGUCUGCCCGGUGGAGAGCGACGUGCAGGCGGUCGUCGACGCGGAGACUCUCGCCGCUCUCCUCGCGCGGCACACCUCUCCCAUCGCCGCCGUUCUGCAAAAGAAGCUGCGGCUGGCCGGCGACACCGCUCUGCUGCGUUCCAUGGGCUGGCUGUGGGAGGUCUGGAAGCUCGACAUGGGCACAGAGCGGCGCCCAGGGCCGAUCUGGCGGGCGGCAAGAGUGCUGCACUGGGCGGCUUUCAGGGCGCCCUCCCGCAUGGUGCAAGUGCCGCUGCGAGGCACUCUGCGCGCGCUGCGCUGGACGAGUCAGACGGCGGGGAAGCCUGCGCGAAGGAAGCGUGUGUGACGCGUAGUGGCGCAACCCGUAUUUGCAUUAUUGUCAGUCGUGAGAUGUG